AUGGGUGGAACUUUGUUCAUUUUUCUAAUAACAACUAUUCAUGUUUCAUUACUAUUAAACUCGGUCAUCGCGGUUAAUCCAAAGAAAAGGUUUCGUAUCAAAAUGAUUCAUAUAGACUCCAAAGAAUCACCUUUAUAUCAAGGUGAUCAUCUAACACCAGACGACAGGCUUCAAAGACUCGUCAAACAAUCCAAAACUAAAGCACGACACAUCGAGUCGCAAAUACUACUACGGAGCAAUGCAACACGCUCCAUGAAUCCUGAUGCUGCACGUUUUCCCGUAGUUUACGAUGCAAGGUCGUUUUAUGUUGCAAUGGUUGGUUUAGGUACGUUUCCUGGUGAACAAAAAACAUUCAUGAAUUAUUAUUUAAUGAUUGAUACAGGUAGUGAUCAGACAUGGCUCCAGUGUGAAGGUGCCGCUAAAACUUUCAAACAAGAUAUGCCACUUUAUCCUGCCAAAUCGUCAACUACAUUUCGUAUUGUUCCUUGUAAUACGCACCCUCUUUGCACCGGAGAUAGGUGCACCAAAGAUGGUGAUUGCACUUACAAAACAAGCUAUGCGGGUGGAUCAGUUACAUAUGGUGUUGUCGCCGAAGAAAAAUUCACUCUAGGCUCCGAUACUGGUGGCUUUGAAAGAAUUCAAUUACGCAUGGGUUGUGGUCUUGUCCAACAGAAUUUCGAAAAAGAUUGGGGUAAGAAUCACCAAUAUGGCAAACCUGAUCUUAUUGCAGGAAUACUCGGUUUAGGAUCAGGACAAUGGUCUUUUCUAAACCAGUUAGGUGCUUAUGGACAAGGCAAAUUUUCCUACUGCUUAGAGGCGUAUAACAAGAAAAUCGAAGGAUCGGACACAUAUUUAAGAUUUGGUGCAGAUGCGACAAUUGGACAUGGAGGCCAAGAGGUGCACCAAACUCCCAUUGUUGUGCCUGAACAAUUUCAGACUUCGCUUUAUUACUUAAACCUAGAAGAUAUCAGUGUAGGUAACAAGAAAAUAGGAUUUCCAAGAGGUACUUUUGAGCUUAAAAUCCAAGGAACAUGCGGUUGUAUCAUAGAUUCCGGUACCCCAAUAUCCAUGAUGUAUAAAGGUCAUUUUGAUAAAGUCGCGGAUUUGGUGAAGGCACACUUUAACGGGCUCAGAGUUGAAUAUGUUGGAAAACGAUACAAUUAUGAAGCUUGUUUCCGUGUACCAAGAAAAUUUGAUACCGCUAACUUUCCUUCGAUAACACUUCAUUUUGAAAAGGCCAAUUAUGUUAUUUCAGAUUAUAAAGCAAAUUUUGUGACACUAGAUUUUGAAACGGUUUGUUUAGCCAUUUUCACAACGGAUACCAAUACUAUGCCUUUUGUUUUAGGAGCUUUCCAACAAAUCAAUAAACGAAUUUUGUAUAACGUUAUGGAUCAGUCACUCUCUUUCGCUGACGAGUAUUGCGAAUUAGGUUCCUGA